AAAAGAUACCCCAUAACGUUCUGAGCUAUCAAGCAGCAACCACUUCCCCUCGCUUGCUUUCUCCCUCUUCUCUAAAACCCUAAAUUGGGUGAUCGAUUUAACAAAUUAGGAGCUCAUAAUCUGUUCUUCCUCUGCUUCGAUAUCUUUCGUGGAAAGAUGGGGUUGACUGGAUUGAGACCAAGUAAGUCUAAAGAUAAAAAAGAUAAAGUUGCAAAAAAGGAACAAAAAUUUGAGAAGAAAGUUGAUUUUUAUUCAAAGGUUAAAGAUAAGGUUGCUUCUUUAAGUGCAAAUAAGACCAUUGCCAAGAAGAAAAAACUACGGCCCCGACAAAAGAAAUUGAAAGCAUAUGAUCUCACCUUGCUUACCGAAUUCCUACCUGAGGUGAAGAAUCCCAAUCAACAAGCUGCCUCGACCAGCUUGAAGCUUGAUUGCAAAUCGAGGCAGAAACUUGUGGAGAAGGAGACUAAGCAGUUCAAGACAGUCCUGAACAAUGCUGUAUUCCAAAUGGAUCCGUUGGCUGCCAUUCAAAAGCACCUGGAGAACACUCAGCCUCCCCCAGUUGAGAAGCCUAAACAGAAGUUGAAGAAAAAUGGAUCGAAGAAGAGAAAGUCAAAGACUUCAUCUAUGGCCCAGUCUAUGGAUAUCUGAUGAUCACUAUACAUACAUAUCCUGGUAUGCACUUUGAGACUAGUGUUUUCCUUAAAAGCUUCAUGAUUCCUUACCUAUGGAGAGGUUACUAGUUUAAGCAAGAAAUAGGGCUAAGGCAUUAUAUUAUCUUGGUAUUUCGGAGACUGGGUCUGAUUUUUAGCAGUUUUCUGUACUCUGUACAUUUUUGUAUCCUUCAUAAGAUACUAUACAACAGCUUUGUAUUUGUUUCUAGCCCUUGAUAUGCGUAAGUCUAAUGCUCGGUUAAUU